AUGAAGCACCUCAGUAUCGCAUAUAUUGUUGCGGCAUGCGCGGCUUUAACGACCGCUGCCCGUAUGGAAAACGGUAUGAAGCCCUGGUAUGAUUGGUCAGGCACCACCUGCAAACUGGAACCCGUCAACGAGACCUUGGACGAGCCGUGCAUCGGCACGCAGUACACGUGUAGGCUAGGGUUUGAGCAGUUUGGAUAUCAGAGCCCCGAAGAUUGUUUCGCCGACCGCAAUCCGAAUCCCGGAAGAGGCUCAUCCGCUGCAGCAAACGACGCUCUCAGCAAAGAAUUCACGAUCACGACGGACGACAACGCGAUAUUAGCAGAACUUGCGCAAGAGCUAAAAUCGCUGAAGAGCAAGUCUCGAAAUGCAAUGAACAUUAUACCUCGACGAUUCCUGGCCGUGAGUAUGGCAACAGACAAACUCGAUCCGUUUAUUACCACGGAGGUGACCCACAGGCAAAGCCUCUAA